CCAGUUGGGUUUGAAAACAAAAUUUAUCAAUAAAGUCAGUUACAUGCAUUAAUAUAAACCUCAUCCAAUCUUGCCUGGAUGGAGAGCGAGAGGUUAGGCAGGACAGAGAACAUCAAAGCUUUCACGUUGUCUUUCUCCAUGGGAAUCAAAUUAAUAUGGCAAAACUCCGCGAGAGAAACCAUCAGAUUGGGCAAGAACAACCACCUGCAAGAUGGAAAUGAUCGGGUCAAGGCAAGAUGGAGAACGUUCUGGACAAAGAUCGUAAGGGAGAAGAAGAGAAUCUUCAGUUCUUCUGGUGCUACAUUCCAAACUUCUUAUGCCCCAGACGAGUACUUGCAAAAUUUCGAUCAGGGAACGGACUGGGCAGAACCAGAUAAUCUUCCUCGCUCUUUCUCGGCUCGGUAUGCUGAUCCGUCAAGGAUUUCCCUUAGGAAUCAUGGCUUGUUGUAAAAAUGAAAAGGUAGGAAAGUUUGCCGAGUUUUUGUUUCCAUUUUGUGUUUGAUGAAUGAAUGAAUAUCCCUGUUAAUAUUGCAAUGAUGUUUAAAUGACUUUUAUGUAAUUUUUAUUCUAGUAAUUUGGUUUUGAAUCCCCAAAUUCGAAAUCGCUGAAUAUCCAACUCCAAGAAUUCUUUCACUGUUUAACAUAGAAUUUGAAGGGCUAGUUAAUACGAUAGUGGACUACACAACAGGGAUUUGGGGAGUGGGAAGGAACAUAUCCAAAGUUCCAUGCACUGUAAUGAAGUCAACUUAGAGAAACAGAGCCAAUCAACUGAAGAUGAAAAUAGGAUUGGCAGAGAAAGGAAGCAGAUUUCCAUUCUUGGAAUUUCUUUCUCCACCACUGAACUGUGUAUUAAGUUCAAUGAAGCAAUCAUCACCUC